AUGUCAGCUAGUACAAUGGCUCCUGCAAACUAUGAGACUCUACAGUCAACCCAAAAGCCAAUGAGAUCGCGGUUGAGAGGUGCAUGCGAAGAAUGUAGGGCGAAGAAAACUCGUUGCGAUAGCGCCAAACGUCCAGGGAGAAGAUGUACGGGUUGCGAAUUAUCCAAUACACCUUGCAUUCCAACCAUCCCAAAGAAAGCGCAGAUGCAGCAAUCCUAUAUCACCAUUUUAGAGGCAAGGAUUCGCAGGCUAGAGGGAUACAUUCAAGCACUUCACCCUGGAGUGGACGUCGAUAUCAUUAUCAGCAAGCCACCACAACCAUUCAGCGGCUCCUCGUCCAACUCUUUGAAUCAGUCACCGUAUCCGGACAUCGUUCAAGAACCAUCACUCCGACCAGCAUCAGAAGAUGAUCCAGAUGACUCAGAUUCCGAAAUUCGUUCGGUUGGAGAUCAAAUACGACAACUUUCUAUGACCCCAUUACCACAUAGUCGUUUUUAUUACGGACAAGCCAGCCCCUUUAUGGUUGGAAAACGAGUAUCAGCAAUCAGGAGUAAGAUUACAGGCGAAGAGGACACUGGACUGGAUCCCAAGUCAAACAAACGAGCUGUGUACUGGGCAUUAAACCCUUGGGAGAUGGAGUAUAUAUCCGAUCCUGAAGUUAGCUACGUCUAUCCAGAACACGAUCUUCUUCUCAGCCUGGUGUCUUUGUAUUUCGAAAAGACAAACCCUUUUUUCCCGGUUCUCCACCGUCCAACUUUCCUGCGCUCGUUGGCAUCUGGACAACAUCUCUAUGACCCGUCUUUUGGGAUGACAGUGCUUCUAGUUUGUGCUAUUGGUUCUCGAUAUUCUAGUGACCCUCGCGUGAUCAGCGUACCAGACGCUCCUCUCCCUGCUCUUUCGGCGGGUUGGCAUUACUAUUGCCAGGUUCCAAUCCACCGUAAAAUGACUCUAUUCAAGUCAAGCGUCUAUGAUUUGCAAUACUAUUGCCUUGCAGCCCUUUACCUCCCAGAUACGCAGUUGAGGUUGGUGCGCACUGUCGUAGAUCCCCGGCUGGGUCACUCCCAUCUACUGAGCACGAGUUACAAAAGCGGGCUUUCUGGUACGGCCCUUUUUUGUCUGGAUCAAUUAGCGAAUUCAUUUCUCGGUAGACCAUGUGCUAUAUCGUAUGAUUCAAUCGACUUGGAUUAUCCAAUUGAAUGCGACGACGAGUAUUGGGAUUGCGAAGAUUCAUCCCUUACAUUCCUACAGCCUGAUGGAAAACCAUGCGCCAUGACAUACUUUGUCCAAUUCAUCCAGUUGUGCCAGAUCCUUGCAUCAGCCUAUUCGACGCUAUACGGAGGCAGGGGCACUAAAGCCCCGUCAGGUACAAGUAAGAAUGAAUGGGAGAUAUCGAUGGUCGCAGAACUUGACUCGUCGAUGAACAAGUGGAAAGAUUCGCUCCCUGAAUAUCUGCAAUGGGAUCCUGCAAGAGAAGAUGAAAUUCUCUUCCAUCAGUCGGCAACCCUUCACGCCACCUUUUGCUACAUCCAAAUACAUAUACAUCGUCCAUUUUUGACCCGAAAGUCGACAUCAUCAUUCGUCUCCCUCGCUAUGUGCUCCACAGCGGCUAAGACGUGCGCUCGCAUCCAGGAAUCUGCGAUGAAAAGAAAUCUGAUUGUGCUUCCAUGCACACUUUCUACUACGUUCACGUCAGCGAUAAUUAUCGUACUGUGCUUAUGGGGAAGUCAAGACUCUGGAUAUAUAGGUGAUUACACCAAAGAGAUGGAGCAUCUGCAAAGAUGUCUGAAAAUUCUCCGAGCUAUAGAGCAAAGGGACAUGCUCAGCGAAGCUGGAUCGAUGCAUUGUCACCCUUCAAUCAAAGAAAAGAUAAACCUUUCAUCUCUCAGCAACGAUGACCGUGAUCAAACGGCAUUAUCUUCUACCCACUCUGCUCACUCCAAUUCUUCCACCAUAGCGGCGAACAGAUGGGAAAAUCAACUUUAUUCUGACACUGCCUUGGGUGCAGGCUUGGAAGCAUGGAACUAUCCAGAAGCUACUUCACAAGUUACGUCUGUGUCUGGCGAGAGUACAUUGGAAUCACUCACUAGAGAUAGCACAUUAACGUAUUGGUCCGACGUCCCAACGGCAUAUAACUACCAUUGA